GGCUGCUGCUUCUCCGCGACUCCACCCCUCCUGCAGACGAAGGCAUGGCGAGCACCGAAGCUAGAAGGGAGUGUGAGACAGAGGGCUGCAGCAAGGACGCCAAACUCCAGUGUCCCACAUGUAUCAAGCUUGGUAUUCAAGGCUCCUAUUUCUGUUCACAGGAAUGUUUCAAGGGGAGCUGGGUGUCUCACAAGUUGCUGCACAAAAAAGCAAAGGAGGACAAGAACCAGAAUGAAUCUAAGAACUGUGUGGAGAAGGACAUCAACACAGACCCAUGGCCGGGCUACCGCUACACAGGAAAACUACGCCCUCACUACCCACUGACUCCCAUGAGGCCUGUGCCUGGUGACAUCCAAAGACCUGACUAUUCAGAUCAUCCCAGAGGGAUAUCUGAGUCUGAGCAGUUUCUGAAGGGGACGUCACAGAUCAAGAUCCUGUCUCCUGAGGACAUCGAAGGCAUGAGAGUGGUGUGCAAGCUGGCACGAGAAGUCCUGGACAUCGCAGCCAUGAUGGUGAAACCGGGCGUUACAACAGAAGAAAUAGACCACGCUGUGCAUCUGGCUUGUACAGCGAGGAACUGCUACCCCUCCCCACUCAACUACUACAACUUCCCCAAAUCCUGCUGCACAUCUGUCAAUGAAGUCAUCUGCCAUGGCAUCCCAGACAGAAGACUACUACAAGAAGGGGAUAUACUCAACGUGGACAUCACUGUCUACCACAACGGUUUCCAUGGGGACCUCAAUGAAACCUUCUAUGUUGGAGAAAUGGAUGAAGAAGCAAAGAAACUGGUUGAGACCACAUAUGAAUGCCUUAUGCAAGCCAUCGACUCUGUGAAGCCUGGGGUUCGCUAUAGAGAACUGGGGAACAUCAUCCAGAAGCACGCUCAGGCCAACGGCUUCUCUGUAGUGCGGAGCUACUGUGGUCACGGCAUCCACAGACUCUUCCACACUGCUCCCAAUGUGCCACAUUAUGCCAAAAACAAAGCAGUUGGAGUUAUGAAGCCUGGCCAUGUGUUCACCAUUGAGCCCAUGAUAUGUGAAGGUGGCUGGCAAGACGAGACGUGGCCCGACGGCUGGACGGCAGUGACCAGAGACGGGAAGCGCUCGGCUCAGUUCGAACACACCCUGCUGGUGACGGAGACCGGCUGCGAGAUCCUCACCCGCCGCCCCGAGGACAACGGUCGCGCUCAUUUCCUGAGCCAAGUGUAGGCUGGACCUGAACGCACCAAGGACUGGACUCUCCAGACAGAGACACCCAGCACCUCUGGGUCUCACACACACACACACACACACACACACACACACACACACACACACACACACACACACACACGUAUACACUUGCGCGCACACACAUCUGAAACAAGAGGCACCACUCCUAGAGCUCAGUUUAACUGUGGCUCUCAUUGUUCUUUGAAUUAAAUAUUGGUUCCUCGAAUUAAAUGGAAGUACUUGAAUGUGUCUUAUAUCAAACGUGGAUCGCUUUAUUAGUGAAAACAGUGUCCUCUGAAGGAAAGAGGAAAGAAAGUAUUUAUUAGGUUUUGGUUUUGCUUCGUGGUCAGGCAUGACAUCAGGCCGGUUUUGACCUCUGGGUCAUGUCAGAGUUUUUACUGGCUGGCUACUUGUUGUCUGUGGUGUGUGGAGCUCAGGGCAAAUCCAACUCUAACCCAUGCUUCGCUUCAUUUCUCUUAGCCAAUGCUAACUCAAUCAGACUUCCUAAGAAUUUCCCAGAGAUGGACUGAAAAGAAUCAGCAGUACCGGGAAACCUGGUCAAAAAGUCUCACAAACUCAACAACUAGCAACUCAAAACUUAUUUAGGAUAUGGAAAAUAACACAAGGCCAAAAAAAACUAAAAGAUUUCAGCCAACGAAAACCAUCUUCUGGCGGCCAUAUUGGAUAUUUUCAGCUCUAAUGAAGCAGAGUUUAACAGCACAUAUUUAAAGGAGCUGUUUUAGUGAAAACACAAGAUAGAUGAGAAGAUUAAUAGCACUAUCAUGUACGUACUUUAAGCAUGUAACUAGAAGACGUUUAGCUUAGCUUAGCUUAGCAUAGGGACUGUAGGCAGGGAGAAACAGCUAGCCUGGCUCUGUCAUGGUUAGCACCAGCAUUCCGAGGGCUCAGUAACUACGAUGUAUCAUGUUUGUUAAAUUUGUGCAAUGAAAUUACGUGCAAAAUCGACUGUUUGUUGUAUUUACGGGAGGUUGCGUGAGCGUGGCCUCAAUUUGUCAUUUUUACAAACUAUGGAUUAAACAAAUGAGAUAUACGGUCUUAAUUAGUGCGCUUUAGAGGUUCUGGUUGGUGGAUUUUGUUGCCUUCAGACAGUCAGGUGCCGUUUCCGCAGUUCCAGUCUUACUCUAUUCUAAGCUAGGCUAAGCGUACAGCCUCCUGGCUGUAGCUUUGUAUUUAAUGGACAGAUGUUAGUUAUAUUAAUCUUUUCAUCUAACUCUCAGAAGGAAGGCAAAAUUAACAUAUUUCCCAGCAUCUGUAAGGGUUUGGAAAGGAAAAGAAACAAUCACUUUAUCACUUAUCUCUGUGGUAUGUACCUGUUGACGUGUCCAGUAGAAGUACUCUAACGCAAUUGUUAUAUCCUGAAUGUGGCUAUUAUUAGUGCACAGUCGGUUUUCCAGUAGAGGACGUCAGCCCCGGUUGCUAGGAGAAUUGUGACGCAACCGCAGAGCAUCUACAUAGACAUCCAGAAUGAGAACAACGACAUUGAGCACAAAGUCGUUCUGAACUUGUAAAUCCUGCUCCGAGGAAUACUCUUUACAGUGUCUCAUCAUGUUUCCAAUAGCCCUGGUGUAGCAAAUUGAGCCUUAAUGUGUGAAUCUAGGAAUUAAAACUUGCAGAAUAUCUCAAGGCACGUUAACUGAUGUUUCCCCCCCUUAUCUCGACAGUCACCAUUUACCUUGAUGUGGGGAUUUUCCUGGUGUGAGCAGCAUUCAUUAUUUCUACAUUUUCAGAGGACUAAUGUGAUCACAGUUUCUCUGCCAUCUUUGUAUUUCUUCUAAUGGAGUAAUAAAUGACUCUUAUGUA